AUGGAGGACAAAGCAUUUCAAAUUGACAUGGAUAUUACAGAGGACAAUUACGCCGAUAUCCCGAUAAUCACGCCAAGACGUAGCCGCUCAAACACAGACGAAGACUAUGGCUCUAUUCAUCGUAACCAUGAAUCGAGCUUGAAGUACGCAGUAGAUGAUAUUCCCCCUUGGUAUGAAUGCAUAGUUUUGGCAUUGCAGCAAAUUCUUACCGUGUUCAGUUCUUCAGUGGUAUACAGUGGUGUAUUAGUUGAUCUCAUAUGUGUAGAAGACGCUGCAAGAAAUGACGUAUUUGGAAUGAUUUUUAGUGCAUUUCUGUUUACGCAAGCAGUUGCAACUUUCUUGCAAGUUACCUUUGGAACUAGACUUUCCAUUUUUCAAGGGCCCUCAUCUUCUUAUGUAUAUCCAUUAAUAGUGAUAAUGAAUUUACCUGAAUGGCGAUGCCCUGAAGGUGUGUCAGUUCCAUGGGGUUGGCCAACAUUUAGUACUGCUGGUGUUACUGGUAUGGUUACUGGUGUGCUUGGAUCGAUCAUCGAUUCCAUUGGAGACUACUAUGCUAAUGCAAAAAUAAGUGGAGCUCCGCCACCGCCCGAUCAUGCCAUAAAUCGAGGUUUGGGAAUGGAAGGUGUUGGUGUACUUGUUUCUGGGAUGUGGGGAGGUCUAGGAGUGACAACAUACUCUAUUAUUACAAAAUCAAUCUCCAUAACAAGAGUUGGUAGCAGACGUGUAAAUCAAUGGACGAGUCUAAUCCUUCUCAUAAUGGCCAUUCCGAUCAAAUUUGCCAUUUUAAUGUCAUUGAUACCACCGCCAGUACUUGGAGGAGUGCUAUGGAUUGCCUGUGGAAACUCUGACGCAAAUCAAGUUAUCAAUGUGAUACUACAGAAUGCGAUGGUUGUUGCCGGAUUAACCGGUUUUAUAUUGGAUAACACUAUACCAGGCACACGUGCAGAAAAAGGGUUAGACAGCUACCACAAGUACGAUGAAGAAACCCUUAAAAGUACAAUAUUAGAGGUUCUAUGGCGACCUAUGAUCUGCCAUAUGAUUGUUGGCGGUGACUCAAAGUCACACAUAGUAUCUGACGUCACAGGUCAAAUUUGGGGUCAAAGACCAAAUUAA